CCCGGCCCGCCCCGCUCCCGGCACCCACCGUCCGAGGGGGCCAGCAGAGCGGAGGGCGCGGAGCCGGCAGUGCAGGAAAUAAACGACUUCUGAUGCAAGAAGCACGAUGAAAUUCGGUUGCCUUUCCUUCCGACAGCCCUACGCAGGGUUGCUUCUAAACCGAGUCAAAACGGUAGAGACUCGCUGGCGUCCUUUGCUAGCAGGCUACAAGAACUGCACCAUUGCUGUUCAUAUAGCUGUUAAGGACUGGGAAGACGAAACAUGGAGAGAAAUUCUUCUGAAUAGGUUCGGCAUGACAUCGAAACAACUGCAAGAUUUGUUGGAUGAAGGGGAAAAAUUUGGCAGAGGAGUUAUUGCAGGAUUAAUUGACGUUGGAGAGACAUCACUAUAUCCAGAAAACCUGCCUCCUGAAGAGAUUCUGGAGCUGGAAAACAAAGCUGUCCUCAGCAAUCUAGAACAGAAAUACCUGACUGUUGUUUCAAAUCCCAGAUGGCUCCUGGAACCAGUUCCUGCCAGAGGGAGAACAGGGGUGUGGCAGGUGGACAUCCCUGAAGAACUGAUCCCUUCAGAAUUUUAGGUGUUACCCCUUACUAUUAUUUUUCCUGCCUAAAUGCAGCUUUUUAUUUAAGUGGCUGACUUGUGAAUUACAUCAGUAUCUUGUUUAGGAUUCUAUUCCAAAACUAUUUCAAAUGGCAAAUAUAUUUGAAAAACUACUUUUUUGAUGCAAAGCAAACAAGAUGUGUCUUUAUGACUAUUACAGGAAAUUAUUAAUUUUUUCUAGACUUUUCCUGUAUGAACACUAAGUAAAUGUCAUUUUUAAAAUGUAUAGUUAUGGAUGGCAUUCCAAUUUAAAUGUAAAUGAUUUUUUGA